GCGACCUGCCGGCGCUGAGAGAAGGAGCUUGCCGAGGGAUGCCCAAGAAGUUCCAGGGCGAGAACACCAAGGCGGCAGCAGCCCGGGCACGGAAGGCGGAAGCCAAGGCAGCAGCCGAUGCCAGGAAGCAGAAAGAACUGGAGGAUGCGUACUGGAAGGACGAGGACAAACACGUCAUGAGGAAGGAGCAGCGUAAGGAGGAGAAGGAGAAGCGGCGCCUGGAGCAGCUGGAGCGCAAAAAGGAGACGCAGCGGCUGCUGGAGGAGGAGGACUCAAAGCUCAAGGGUGGCAAGACCUCUCGGGUGGCUGCACCCAGCAAGGUCACCCGUGCCCAGAUCGAGGAGACCCUGCGCCGAGACCUCCAGCACCGGGAGGCUCCAGAGCCAGCUGAGAAGGCCGGGAGCCACCUGGAGGUGCCACUGGAGGAGAACGUGAACCGUCGCGUGCUGGAGGAGGGCAGCGUGGAGGCGCGCACCGUGGAGGAUGCCAUCGCCGUGCUCAGCGUGGCUGAGGAGGCGGCUGACCGACAUCCCGAGCGGCGCAUGCGAGCAGCCUUCACGGCCUUCGAGGCAGUAAAUCUCCCAAGACUCAAGCUAGAGAACCCCAACAUGCGGCUGUCACAGCUGAAGCAGCUGCUCAAGAAGCAAUGGAUGCGCUCUCCUGACAACCCCAUGAACCAGCGGGCCUUGCCCUUCAAUGCCCCGAAGUGAGGGACCCAACCCUGGACUGGGGG